AUGAAUUUUAUCAAACGUCCUUUUCAUCAUACUAAUUCAGCGUCAACUAAUUCAACACCAUCCAAUAUACGAGAUCCACAUACGGUGCCAUCACCAUCUCCAUCAUCUGCAGAUAAAACAACAACAUCAUCAUUAACUGGUUCUGUACGUUUUAAUGAUUUAAUAUCUGCUCAACCAAAAUUUAAUGAACGUGAAAAAUAUCUUACUGCAAAAUAUCCUCAACAACAAAUGCAAUUAAUACGUAAACGAUUAAAAGUCGAAUUUUGGGUUGAUGAUCAAUUACGAUCACUAUAUGAUAUUAAAGAUGAUAGUUCACAAGAAGAUCAUGAUCAUUGUCCAGGAGAUUUGAUUGAUUCUCUUUUAGAUAUUGAUAAUGAAUCACAACGACGUACAUUUCUUCUAGAGAAAUUAAGAAAUACGAAACAAUCUCGAUCGAAAACAAUGGAAUUUAUUGAUGAACUGCUACAUCGUGUGAAAAUGUUGUAA